GUAAAGAGGAUACAACUGUCCCUUCCGCUUAUUAGGAACAAGCUGCCAUGGUUUUACCAGGUGCCUAUAAAGUGUGAUGACGUUGCCGUGUAUUUCUCUAUGGAGGAGUGGGAGUAUAUAGAGGGGCACAAGGAUCUUUACAAGGACGUCAUGAUGGAGACUCAACAAGCACUAAGAACUAUGGAGAUCCCAGGAAAUGAGAGCUCAGGUGACAGUGAUGACAAUCUAGACACAGCAGCACGUGCAGAACUUGUACCGAAUAUUCGGCCACUGGAGACCCCAUCAGACGUCUCUGCAGAUCGUACUGAUGUGACGCCUUCAGGUGGCUCAGCGGUAGAGCACGGAGGAAAACCGGACGUGUGUGAUCAGGUGAAGACCGAGGAGGAUGAAGUUCCUAUAAAUACGGUUACAGAUGAAUUUAUAAACUGCAAUAAUCUUAGUCAUAUUCAGAGUAUGGAUACUUCUUUCAGUCGUCUUCACAAUCAAAGAAGCCAUAUGGGAAAUUUAUCUUAUAAAUAUGGUAAACGUUUUACUUGGAAAUCACAUCUUAUUAGACAUCAGAAAAUGCAUACAGGGGAGAAUGCAUGUUCAUGUUCUGAAUGUGGGAAAUGUUUUACUCAGAAAUCGCAUCUUAUUAGACAUCAGAAAAUUCAUGCAGGAAAGAAAGCAUUAUCAUGUUCUGAAUGUGGGAAAUGUUUUAUUGGGAAAUCAGAUCUUAUUAGACAUCUGAAAAUUCAUACAGGAGAGAAAGCAUUUUCAUGUUCUGACUGUGGGAAAUGUUUUAUUCAUAAAUCACAUCUCAUUAGGCAUCAGAAAAUACAUACAGGAGAAAAAGAAUUUUCAUGUUCUGAAUGUGGGAAAUGUUUUGCUCUGAAAACAACUCUUAAUAAUCAUCAGAAAAUUCAUACAGGAGUAAAAGAAUUUUCUUGUUCUGAAUGUGGGAAAUGUUUUAUUCAGAAAGUAAAUCUAAUUACGCAUCAGAAAAUACAUACAGGAGAGAAAGCAUUUUCAUGCUCUGAUUGUGGUAAAUGUUUUACACUGAAAUCAUCUCUUAUUAAGCAUAAGCAAAACCAUACAGGAGAGAAACCAUUUUCAUGUUCUGAAUGCGGCAAACGUUUUACUCUGAAAUCAUCUCUUAUUACGCAUCAGCAAAACCAUACAGGAGAGAAACCAUUUUUAUGUUCUGAAUGUGGGAAGUGUUUUACUCAGAAAUCAUCUCUUAAAACACAUCAGAAAAUUCAUACAGGAGAAAAUGCAUUUUCAUGUUCUUACUGUGGGAAAUGUUUUCCUAUGAAAUCAAAUCUUAUUCAACAUCAGAAAAUUCAUACAGGAGAGAAAGCAUUUUCAUGUUCUGAAUGUGGGAAAUGUUUUAUUGAGAAAUCACAUCUCAUUAGGCAUCAGAAAAUACAUACAGGAGAAAAAGAAUUUUCAUGUUCUGAAUGUGGGAAAUGUUUUGCUCUGAAAACAACUCUUAAUAAUCAUCAGAAAAUUCAUACAGGAGUUAAAGAAUUUUCUUGUUCUGAAUGUGGGAAAUGUUUUAUUCAGAAAGUAAAUCUAAUUACGCAUCAGAAAAUACAUACAGGAGAGAAAGCAUUUUCAUGCUCUGAUUGUGGGAAAUGUUUUACACUGAAAUCAUCUCUUAUUAAGCAUAAGCAAAACCAUACAGGAGAGAAACCAUUUUCAUGUUCUGAAUGCGGCAAACGUUUUACUCUGAAACCAUCUCUUAUUACGCAUCAGCAAAACCAUAUAGGAGAGAAAACAUUUUUAUGUUCUGAAUGUGGGAAGUGUUUUACUCAUAAAUCAUCUCUUAAAACACAUCAGAAAAUUCAUACAGGGGAAAAUGCAUUUUCAUGUUCUUACUGUGGGAAAUGUUUUCCUAAGAAAUCAAAUCUUAUUCAACAUCAGAAAAUUCAUACAGGAGAGAAAGCAUUUUCAUGUUCUGAAUGUGGGAAAUGUUUUAUUGAUAAAUCACAUCUCAUUAGACAUCAGAAAAUUCAUACAGGAGAAAAAGAAUUUUCAUGUUCUGAAUGUGGGAAAUGUUUUGCUCUGAAAACAACUCUUAAUAAUCAUCAGAAAAUUCAUACAGGAGAAAAAGAAUAUUCAUGCUCUGAAUGUGGGAAAUGUUUUAUUCAGAAAGUAAAUCUAAUUAUGCAUCAGAAAAUACAUACAAGAGAAAAAGAAUAUUCAUGCUCUGAAUGUGGGAAAUGUUUUACUCAGAAAGCACAUCUAAUUACACAUCAGAAAAGUCAUAAAGGAAAUAAAGCAUUUUCAUGCGCUGACUGUGGGAAAUGUUUUACACUGAAAUCAUAUCUUAAAACACAUCAGAAAAUUCAUACAGGAGAAAAAUAAUUUUUAUGUUCUGAAUGUGGGAAAUGUUUUACUCUGAAAUCAUCUCUUAUUACUCAUUUGCAAAACCAUACAGGAGAAAAAACAUUUUUAUGUUCUGAAUGUGGGAAAUGUUUUACACUGAAAUCAUCUCUUAAAACACAUCAGAAAAUUCAUACAGGAGAAAAAUAAUUUUUAUGUUCUGAAUGUGGGAAAUGUUUUACUCUGAAAUCAUCUCUUAUUACUCAUUUGCAAAACCAUACAGAAGAAAAAACAUUUUUAUGUUCUGAAUGUGGGAAAAGUUUCAACACCAAAUCGUAUCUUACUGACCAUCUGAAAAUUCAUACAGGAGAAAAAGCAUUUUCAUGUUCUGAAUGUGGGAAAUGUUUUACUCAGAAAUCAAAUCUAAUUAGGCAUCAGAAAAUUCAUACAGGAGAGAAAUAAUUUUCAUGUUCUGAAUGUGGGAAAUGUUUUGCUCUGAAAACAACUCUUAAUAAACACCAGAAAAUUCAUACAGGAGAAAAAGCAUUUUCCUGUUCUGAAUGUGGAAAGUCUUUUAUCCUGAAUGGGCAUCUUAUUAGUCAUCAGAAGAUUCAUAUGAAAGGAAAUCAGGACUUAACCUCUUAAAUGCUUUGAGUGACAUGUAGACAUCAUCUGCACAUUUUCUAGAGUCUAAUGAUGACUACAUGUUGUUUUCUGGGGGGUGCACUUUAAGAGUUGUUUGAGGCCCCUUUUGCACUUCAAGAUUUUAGAAGGUGGCCAAUUGUGUUUGUCAUUCCUGGGGGAUCCAGGGUCCCUAUAUUGGUUUUAAUAGCCAAGUGAUCACCUGGCAUGAAAAAAAAUUAGUUUGAGUAGAGUUUCAUUGAAGGGAGCCCCUAUGUGCCAAUCAGACUUAUAUAACAAUAUCCAAAGGCCCUUAUUAGUAUGUUGAUUAAACCUUCUUUGAAAUUUAGGUACUGUUAAAGGGACAGUAAAGUAAAAAAAAUAUUUCAUGAUUUAAAUAGGGCAUAUCAUUUUAAACAACUUUCCAAUUUACUUUUAUUACCAAUUUUGCUUUGUUCUCUUGGUAUUCUUAGUUGAAAGCUAAAUCUAGGAGGUUCAUGUGCUAAUUUCUUAGACCUUGAAGACUGCCUCUAAUCUGAAAGCAUUUUGACAUUUUUUCACCACUAGAGGGCGUUAGUUCAUGUGUUUUAUAUAGAUAACAUUGAGCUCAGGCAUGUGAAGUUCCUAGGAGUCAGCACUGAUUGGCUAAAAAUGCAUGUCUGUUACAAGAACUGAAAUAAGGGGCAGUUUGCAAAGGCUUAGAUACAAGGUAAUCACAGAGGUAAAAAGUAUAUUAUUAUAACUGUGUUGGUUAUGCAAAAUUGGGGAAUGGGUAAUAAAGGGAUUAUCUACCUUUUUACACAACAAAAAUUCUUGUGUUUACUGUCCCUUUAAGGGUAUUUUAGUCAAGUGAUCACUGAGGUGACAGCGUUUCUCUAGCUGGAAUUUAAAAUGAGCCGUUAACAUCAUUUUUUUUUUCUUUAAUUGCAAUUUCUGUAGAAUUAUUCUCCAUUUCUGCUUAUUUUAGAAAGGUUACUUAAUACAAUUAUAGAGCCACAAAAGUUUUUAAUAUAAAGCUGAGAAAAAAAUAUUAAUGUAUUGUUUAAAACUUUGUUAUUAAAAUUAUAAUAGAAGGGGUCCAAGAGUGACCCCUAUUUUUCUGCUGGGGAGAUCCUUAAAGGGACAUAAAACCCCAAACAUUUCUUUCAUGAUUCACAUAGAACAUACAAUUUUAAACAAAUUUCCAAAUUUUCGAAUAUCAAUGUUUUUCUUUGUUUUCUUGUUAUCCUUUGUUGAAAAGCAGAAAGGUAAGUUUAGGAGUGUGCACGUGUCUGCAGCACUAUAUAAGAGCAGUUCUGCAACAAUGUUUUACAUUAGCAGGGGCACUAGAUGGCGGCACUAUUUCCUGUCGUAGUGCUACAGGCAUGUGCACACUACCUAUCCAGAUAUCUCUUCAACAGAGAGUAACAAGAGAACAAAGACAAUUUGAUAAUAUAAGUAAAUUAGAAACUUUUUUUAAAUGUUAUUCUCUAUCUGAAUCAUGAAAGAAAAAAAUUGGGUUUCAUGUCCCUUUAAAAUUCUACACACUUCGGGAUUUACUUCUAGACAAAAUAAAAAAUAUAAGGUUUCUGUAUUUUAGUGUUUUUCAGGCAAUAUAUCAGCGUUACAGUAGGAUGCUUUUGUUUAGUUUCACCAGAACUAUGUUCUGCUUCAGCUUUGGACUAUAUUGUAUUUUGAUGUAUUGUCAUAAUAUUUCAUACUGAUUUGCCUGUAAAGCUUUGUUUCUUUACCUGAAUAAAAAAUAUGUGCUAGAAAA